CAUCUCUCCCUUCUCUCUCUCUCUACAUCUCACUUCUGUGUUUCUUGGGUCUUUGGAUCCCUUUGCAAGAGAUUCAAGGCCUCUUCUUUUACGGGUGAAAACUCCUGGUUCAAUCCCCAUCCUUCUCCUCUUCACAACUCCUCCGAUCUCAUUGACAGUUUCUGUCAGCAUUCCAGCUCUCAUUCUGAUUUCCGUUGCUCUUCUUAUCUCCAACAUCAUCAACCUCGCAAGACACGGUCUUCCAAACGAACAUUAACCAAAUAAUCUCAUAUCCCAACCAUUGAACCCCAGAUGCAUCCUGUCCUCUGUCCUCGGCCAUCAUCCCGGUCUUCCAUUUGCGUCUACAUUGGCCUCAUUCUGCUUCAUUUAUGUAGAGGCAUAUCAGGGGCUACAUUCACUCUAAUCAACCGGUGCGACUUCACGGUGUGGCCGGGCGUUCUGGCCAAUGCGGGCAGCGCUGCAUUGGGCAGCACCGGAUUCGAGCUCCCUACCGGCGCCUCGCGCUCCUUCCAAGCUCCCCCGACCUGGUCCGGCCGGUUCUGGGGCCGAACCAGCUGCAACUUCGACCCCUCGACCGGCCAGGGUAGCUGUGCCACCGCGGACUGCGGCUCCAACCAAGUGGAGUGCAACGGGGCCGGGGCGGCCCCACCAGCUACCCUCGCCGAGUUCACAAUCCAGUCAGGUGGCGCACAGGACUUCUACGACGUCAGCCUGGUCGACGGGUACAACUUGCCCAUGCUCGUGGAUGUGAGUGGUGGGUCCGGCGCAUGCCUUUCCACCGGGUGCCUGACGGACUUGAACCGGCAGUGCCCAGCCGAGCUGCGGGACGGGUCGGGCCAGGGCUGCAAGAGCGCCUGCGAGGCAUUCGGGAGCCCCGAGUACUGCUGCAGCGGCGCAUAUGGCUCGCCGGACACUUGCAAGCCGUCGGUUUAUUCGCAGAUGUUCAAGGCCGCGUGCCCGAGGUCAUAUAGCUACGCAUACGAUGAUAAGACGAGUACAUUUACGUGCACAGCCGCAGACUACACGAUCACAUUCUGCCCUUCCUUAUCAGCAAGUCAAAAAGCCGCCACAGAUGGAUCUUCGAGUGCCGGAACGACGAGCGGAACGACGAGCGGAACCAGCUCGGGGACAACCGGUUCGAGCGAGAGUCCUCCGGACAACAACUUUCCGUGGUCCCUGGGUUUCUCCAUCGGACACUCGAGCGGCACCCUCCAAUCUCGUUGCGAUUGGACGUGGCUCAUCUCUCUUGUCGUCUCUCUAUUUCUCUGUUUUCUACAUUCGUAAUUACUCUCGACACGACACACUGUUCCCCACACACAAGUUUCCAGUCACACCCUUAGAUAGAGGCCGAUAUUCGAGGCGACUUCGUGUACAUAUUCGAGCGCAUUUGUCGGGAAUGGUAAUACAAAUUGUUAUAUUCAAUCAUUUGUUUUCGCCCGUUCGGCACGACUUACACUUUCAGCGAUCUGUAAGUAAGGAAUUACGGAAAGUAAAGAGCCUCGUGGAGGGAGGAAUAUGGUUCUUGAGAACGAUACAAAAAAGGGCUAUUCUGUAUCA